AUGGAGACCAUAUUUGGUUCUUCCAUGGCCACUGGUAGGUUUGCCCUAGGUUCCAGUGAGCCACUUGGGGUGAACAAUGACGACAGUGUUGCUGCUAAGAUUGAGGUCCAUGGCUUCACCACAGCUGCUGAUGUCAAAUGCAGCCCUGAGAUGGGUGAGGGUGGCAAGGCAACUGAGCUGCUCACUUCCACUGUGGGAGUAAAUAGAAAGAGGGGUAAUUUCAGUGAGGAAGAGAUGCUGAUAAUGACUAACAUGACUGAUGUUGUCAACAAUGUAGCCUCUGCACUUAGAGAGACUAGGCCUGCAUAUGUGGAUCCUGACCUCUAUCUUGCAGUGAUGGGGAUGCCUAGCUUCAUCACUGAAGCUCUCAUUGUUGUCUACACCUACCUGCUGGAAAACAAGGCCCUUUACAGGGACUUUGUGAACAUGGCAAUUAGUCAUAGGGACAUUUGGCUAAGAAACUACCUUGCCAAGAACUACUAUAUGUAG